GUUGUUGCAGCGGACAAGCCUCUUGCACCUCGUCUCCGACCAUCGAGGUCCCUCCCCCUCCCCGCCAGCGAGCCCCUCGCCGGGACCAUGGACUCGCCCAUCGUCACCCAGCUGUUCCGACAGCUGUUCCGGCGCCAUCCAGCUUGCCAAUCACGUCGGAAUUUGGCGACGCUGGCCACGGCGCUUCAUGAUGUGCGCCGGCAGCGACUUCGGGAGCAGCAGCUACGGCACCUGCAACACCACCAACCCCACCACCAAUACCAAUACCAUCAACACCGCUGCUAUGUAGCUCGAGGGCGCGGGAGUUCGGGCAUGGGCAUAGGCACGUCGCAGGCCGAGGUCACCUGGCAGCAGCGGAGCGACAUGUUCCAGCAGGACAUGUCGGAGGAGUUCCAAAAGUAUCCCAUGGUGACGGCCAUGGACCUCCGCACGCGCACGGAACGGCCGCGCAGGGUCAAGAUGCUGAUGCGGGACUUUAUAGAAGACAGCCUCUAUAACCCGAAUUACGGCUACUUCUCCAAGCAGGUGGUCAUCUUCACACCCGGCGAGCCCUUCGACUUCCCGUCCCUGUAUGAUGAGCUCGACUUCCACGCGCUCUUGUCGCGUCGCUAUGUCGAGUUCGAGGACGCCCUCGACGCCGUCUCCCCGAGCGACACCCGCCAGCUGUGGUACACGCCCACCGAGCUUUUCCGUCCCUAUUACGGCGAGGCGAUCGCGCGCUAUCUGGUCGCCAACUACAAGCUCACCACCUAUCCGUACCACGACCUGAUCAUCUACGAGAUGGGCGCCGGCCGCGGCACCCUCAUGCUCAACAUCCUCGACUACAUCCGCGACGUCGACCCCGCCGUGUACGACCGCACAAAGUACAAGAUCAUCGAGAUCAGCGCCCAGCUGGCCGACCUCCAGAACUCCCAGCUCAUGCGGUCCUUUGCCGCGCGGGGCCACGCCGACAAGGUCGAGAUCAUCAACCAGUCCAUCUUCGACUGGACGAGCCCGGUCCCCUCGCCCUGCUUCUUCCUCGCCUUCGAGGUCUUUGACAACUUCGCCCACGACGUCAUCCGCUACGACACGGAGACCCUGGAGCCCCUCCAGGGCCUGGUCCUGAUCGACGAGAACGGCGACUUUUACGAGUUCUACACCCGCCAGAUGGACCCCGUCGCCGCCCGCUACAUGCGCGUCCGCGAAGCCGCCACGGGAGGGCGCUACAAGGUCCCCUACCCGUCCACCCGCCUGGGCCGCUGGCUGGCCGCCCAGAGGCCGCUCGCGCCCAACCUGAGCGCCCCCGAGUACAUACCCACGCGGCUGAUGCAGUUCUUCGACGUGCUGGGACGCUACUUCCCCGCCCAUCGCCUGCUCACGAGCGACUUCCACUCCCUGCCGGGCGCGAUCAAGGGGCUGAACGCGCCGAUCGUCCAGACGCGCUUCCAGCGCCGCCCCGUGCCCGUCUCCACGCCACUGGUCCACCAGGGCUACUUCGACAUCAUGUUUCCCACCAACUUCCAGACCGCGGAGGCCACGUACCAAGCAAUCACGGGCAAGCUGACCCGCGUCCUGACCCACGAGGAGUUCAUGCGCAGGUGGGCGUACGUCGAAGACACCGAGACGCAGAGCGGCGAGAACCCGCUCUUGACGUGGUACAAGAACGCCAGCGUGUUAUUCACUGUAUAACAAAAAAAAAAAAAAACAUAUCGACGGGGGACGUACUUAGUCCACACACAUCAUUGUAAAACAAUACAAAGUCUUCAAAGCCCGUCUAAAUUGUCAGCCCUCUUGAGGAGAGGCAGCCCGAAUUGGGUUUUCGGGGUCAUAUGUAGUCUUCGAAA